GCCGAGAGCGAGGAGGCUGGGGCAAAGAGCCUCCACCUCUGGGCGCAGUCUACCCGGGCGGCCUCUGGGCCGGCGGGCGCGGCGUCGCGGAAGGGCUUCCCGCGCCUGCUGGAUGUGCUUUGGACGGGCUCCGCCUGAACCGCGGCGGCUGCGAGCGGGCAGGACGAGCCUUGAGCCGAGCUUGAGCCGGGGACGGGGGGCAGAAGCGGCGCUUUCGGCCGAAAGGGCUUCCUCGGAAGGCUGGCCGCGAUCGCCGCCCUCCGGAUUGGCCUUGAGGCGGAGGCCGCCGCCGGGCAGGGCCGCCCUGCCUGGGCGCUCGGGGCGGGGGCAGCGGACUUCGGGCAGCAAAGCGGGGCCGGCGGUUUGGGAGGGGCAUCGACCGGAGCUCCCCCUCCGCCCGGAUACCUGCGCUGCCGCCAAGUGGGAGCGUUUCCUUUUUCAAAGCAAGCCCGGUGCCUCUUUUUCUGGCCUUCGCCUAUUUGCUGCCUUUGGCCUCUCUGCUCCUCGGUGUCCUUUGGCCAGGCCCAGCUACAUUGGAGGCUUUACUGCUUCCCGUGUCCUUCCCCUUGAACCGGUGUCGUCCUCAUCUUGAAAAUAAGAAUUCAGCAGCUAUUCUGUCGUGGAUAUGCUCAAGAUCUGCGGCGUGGGAGUUGUAAGACAUGCCUUAAUUCAUGUUUUGAAAUUAUAAAAACUCCCUUAUCAGAUUAUGAGAAGCCUGUGGAUAUAAUUUACUUUGAUUUCAGCAUAGUGUUUGGCUGAACAGCCAGUGACAUUCUGAUCAACUAGGUGGUUUUUGGGAAGAAGCUGCCACCCUUUUCAACAAUCAUACUCAGCCAGUUACAACAUGAGAAGAAAUAUGACAUCUAUUUUACUGAUGGAAAGAUUUAUGCUCUCUAUGGGAAACUCCUGCAACACGAAUGCCCUCUGUGCCCGGAUUCCCGGGCCUUUCCUGCCAUUGUGGAGUUGGAGCAGCACAUGAGAAAGCAGCAUGAGCUCUUUUGCUGCAAGCUCUGUGUGAAGCACCUGAAGAUCUUUACAUAUGAACGCAAAUGGUAUUCCCGCAAGGAUCUUGCUCGGCACAGAAUCCAUGGGGAUCCUGAUGACACAUCUCACCGGGGGCACCCCUUGUGUAAAUUUUGUGACGAACGAUAUUUGGAUAAUGAUGAGUUACUAAAGCACUUGAGGAGAGACCACUAUUUCUGCCACUUCUGUGAUUCUGAUGGAGCUCAAGAAUAUUACAGCGAUUAUGAGUAUCUCCGUGAACACUUCCGGGAGAAGCACUUCCUCUGUGAAGAAGGUCGGUGCAGUACCGAGCAGUUCACCCACGCCUUUCGGACCGAAAUAGACUACAAAGCCCACAAGACAGCUUGUCACAGCAAAAACCGGGCUGAAGCCAGGCAGAAUCGGCAGAUUGACCUGCAGUUCAACUAUGCCCCGAGACACCAACGGAGAAAUGAGAGUGUUGUGAGUGGUGAAGACUAUGAUGAAGUUGAUCGGUAUAACAGGCAGGUGAGAGGAAGUAGGCCAGGAGCCCGAGGUGGGCAGCAGAACAGGAGAGGCAGCUGGCGAUACAAGAGAGAAGAAGAAGACCGAGAUAUUGCUGCAGCUGUUCGGGCCUCAGUAGCUGCCAAAAGGCAAGAAGAGAAAAACCGGGUGGAGGACAAAGGGGACAGUAGUCACGCCAAGAAGGAAGAUGCCAAAGAUCCUGAGCCAACAGUCUCUAAGCGAGGGGUGAAGCCUUCAUCCGAAGAACCAGUUCCUAAGGAAGUGGCUCCCAAGGCUGCCUUAAGCCACGAUGACUUUCCUGCCGUUGGCUCGCCAAGCGUGAAUUCUGUGCAGAGCUCAUCUCAGUUGGCACCAGUAAAACUUGAUGAAGAGGACUUUCCCAGGCUGUCCUUCUCCUCUGCUCCGCCUGUGGUCUCUGCCACUCUGCCCUUGUCAUACAUGGCUACAGCCCAAAAGACAGGCUUUCAGGAGGAAGACUUCCCCGCCUUGGUCUCCAAAGUCCGACCGAGCAGUAAGAUGGUGUCGACCCUCGCCUCGGCCUGGAGUGGUGGCUCCAGUAAGAACAUGGCCCGAGCCAUCACGGCCACUUCCAUCCAGCCGGCCAGAAAAGGGCCCCCUCCUGGCAGCAGCAAAGCAAGCAAAAAGAGCAAGGUGGUAUUCCCUGGCAACUCUCAGGACAGCAGCGGCAGCGUAUCCACUCAGGAGAUCCGUAGUGCGCCAACAGUGGUGGAUGUGUCCUCCUUGCUGGCAGCCUCCAACUCUCAGACUUCUGCCAAAGUGGGUAAGAAGAAGAAAGUUGGGACUGAGAAGCUGAGAACAGCCUCACCCCCCGUCUUGCAGGAGCUGUCAGCUGCCUCUCAUUCUCUCGAGAGGGUAGACGAUGCUGAGCAGCCCUCAUCCGGUCCUGACCUUCCCAGCACAUCUGCCGCUCUGGUGAACGGUCACUCAGAAAAGCCCACACUGUCAUGCAGGGCUUCCAAAGAGCCCCCUGGCCUUAAGAAGCCACUUGGAGGUGGCCAGUGCCUGUUGCCUCAGGAAGACUUUCCAGCCCUUGGGAAUGCCGGGCCACCUCGCAUGCCUCCACCCCCAGGUUUCAAUUCUGUGGUGCUACUUAAUAGCCCACCUCCCCCUCCUGGGCUGUCGGUGCCUCCUAGUAAACCACCCCCUGGCUUCACUCCCAUUCCAACCACCAGUACUUCAGAAAAUGCCCCAGCUCCAGUGAAAGAGCCCAAACUCUGUCAGGGACCCUAUCUGAUCCUGGAAAACUUCCAGCAACGGAACAUCCAGCUAAUUCAGUCAAUCAGAGAAUUUCUUCAAGAAGAUGAAUCUCAGUUCAACAAAUUUAAGACAUACUCGGGACAGUUCAGGCAGGGUCUGAUUUCAGCAGAGCAAUACUACAAAAGCUGCCAGGAGCUCUUGGGCGAGAACUUUAAGAAGAUCUUCAAUGAGCUCUUGGUCCUCCUGCCAGACACAGCCAAGCAACAGGAACUGCUCUCUGCUUACCAGGACUUGAAGGCCAAAGCUCCAGCUGGCUCCUCCCCCCACUCCUCCUUGACCAGGUCCAAGAAGAACCGAAAGGGGGUCUGGCAGACAGAGCCGCCUUCUGACCUUGACUGCUGCGUCUGCCCCACCUGCCAGCAGGUGCUGACCCAGCAGGACCUCGUUUCUCACCAAGCCCUGCACCUGGAGGAGGAUGAGUUCCCUUCCUUGCAGGCCAUUAGCCGGAUCAUCAGCUAGCUGUCCCAGGUGACCAAUAAAGUUAGUCUCCCUCUGAAAAGUGGCUCUUCUCAGGCAGGUUCUCUACCCAGGGGAGAGGAGUCAGCUGUAUGUGGGCCAAAGGGCCUCGGGACCUGAGGAAGAAAAACGGGGAAUUAAACAGUGACAGACCAAAGGAAGCCAUAGCUGUUAUUGAAACCUGGGGGCAGUCCUUCUCCCCUGCAGAAUAGGAUGGAGCAGCAGGGAGACGGACAUUUGGUUUAUUGCUGUGGAUAGGAAUUUAACUCCUGGCUGGCCACAGCAAGGACACCGGGCAGAGGGCGGCGGCUGCUUUCUGAAGAGGAGGUUGGGCUUGGCUGCUGGAAAAUAACAGAGAGCGGCUCACAGGGUCUGUCCAAAAGGAUUCCAGAAGAUGGGAGGGAAUAGUGACAGGUUUGGGCAAAGAAUGCUGUGUGGCCUUUCUCUAUCCUUCUUUCCCUCAUUCUUCACAGUGUUUUGCGGAGAGGACUGUGUGGCUUGUCCCAGCAGGGAAGAGUCCUCAGGCAGAAGAGUUGCCCAAGAACUCAGAAUCUGUUUCUCUCAAGUUGUUUCUAAAGAAAACCUUGGCUUUUUCCUUUUGUUCUGUUAGACUUGCAUGCAGGGAAAAGGUACCAUUCUGUGCUUUCUUUACUUCUCACUGUAAGUGUGGGUUUCUGUCCAGUGAUGUGAGUUCAGUUAUUUCCUUGGUCUUGAGUGGUUGUGGCUCAUUAAAUGCUGCUCAGCAGUGACCCUUCCUGAUGCCUCAGUGCCAUCCUGGCAUAUUCUUGAAAAGGGCUGCUUGCCUGGAUCUCUGCCCUGGUGACUUUGGAUGCCCAGGGUGUUGCCAGCUGCUAUCCAUGAGUUCUGUCCCGUUCCUUCUCCAGAUCAUCUCCAGCAGCAGAGUUGAGUUGCUUCCACAGAAAGGUUCUUGAGACUGUAAAGUUGGUCAGAGGCACCACUAGCUUUUUACAUUUAGACAUUAUAAAUAUGAUUUACGA